UGUCACAAUCACGGCUAGAUCAGCCUGCCAGUAUACCAAUCAGCAUGUACAAUGCCACUUUAAGUGGAUAUAAACAGUAGUGCUAUAGAAUCUACAUCUGUAGACUGAAAAUCUGCCUUAUAUAAAAAGAUUCGAUUGUAAGCUCUUUUGCAAGUUCUGUGUAUACACCCAGUUCUUGUGCAGCAGCUGUUGGUGACUUUAUAAAUCAGCCAUAAUCAGAAUAGGGGAUGUUGCUGCCAACAAAUCUAUUUUAUUUUCUAUUUAUUGUUUUUUUUUUUUCCAUUACAGAAAACAGAUCGACCACUGAAGCUCAGAAGCUGAAGAUGCUUCACCUACCCCCUUCCCCAUUUAUUACGGAGGGGAGGGAGUGAGGCUGAAAGAACAGCUGCUUUCACUUUCUCUUCAGACGGACCAGAAAGAAUUGCAAAUAGCUGAGUCUGGGUGCGGAGCCUUCUGGGGUGUCUGUGACACAGGGAUACAUUGCAGCAGCCCCCUAACUCUAUGCAUUGGAGCCCUACAGCAGCCUAUCUCCCAGAACACCUACAGGCACUACUGUGGAACUGGGGUACACCUCCAAGACUGUUAUUCCAUGCACCCCAGUAGUCUGAGCAUUCAUGCAAAGCUCAUGUGCCGACUAACCUUAACCCAAGGCUGGGGAAGUCCUGCUGGGCAGGUGAGUGGGCUUCAUGCUGCAGCAGCUUGCCUUUAAAUAAGCCUCAUCUGCAACUACUAUCAACUGAUGCCCUGGAGCGGACGCCCAGCAGAGAGGAUUGUGAUGUGGCUAUAGGCACCGGCAUCCAGCUGUGCAAGGACCCUGGGGAAUGUCACCCUAAGUGGGGAGGUUGUGACUCUUUGACACAGACGUUCUGUUCUUCAACAAUGAGGAGAUGAAUUUUUGCCAUGGGGCUCACUGCACAAUUUGGGGUUUGUGCUACAUGACACUGAGACCAGCUCUCGUGCUUCUAUUUCUGUUGUUCCUCAACAAACCCUGUCUGGGAUGUAACUUCAAACAAGUCAACUCAAAUCCAAUAACUUCUAUGUUUGACGACAACAUUGAAAAUCUGGUAAAGUACCUUCCUCGGGACUACAAUGUUUCUGUGAUUUCCAAUCUUAAACCAGGCAACUGUUGCAUAACGGUAUCCAGGAAGAGGGGAACUGAACGACUGUACACACGUGCAGAGGCUGGAAUACAAUUUUGUGCUUUCAUAGAAUCAGUGUUGCAUCCCCAUUGCUCUGAUCUGUGGAUGAUCUAUUUCAUAAGUAAGGAACUGGUGAGAAUAGAGGGUCUCUCAGGGGAAACGCUGAAAGCGCAAGUAGCGGUCGUGCUGAAAGAGGUGGAGUUCAUUUACAUAGACUGUCACUUUAAUGUCUCAGAAGACUGCAGGAUGGAGAAAAAGAAUGUUAUUGACUUUUUGAACAUUAUGUCUUCCACACUGACGUCUAUGAAGACUGAUAACAAAAUUAUAGACGACUUCUCCAACUGCACCGUGAUCUUCUGUGACAAAGCAGAUGCCUCUGUUAAUUAUACAACAGAGACACAAAAUACCACCUUGAUUCAGCCUAAUUGUGUUAAAGAUAAUAAACAGAUUGGGGAAGAGCAGCACUCCAGAAAACACAUCUCUACUAUCUUCAUUCUAUCCAUAGUUCCAGCCAUCCCAUUCGCAUUACUGUUAUUUUUAUUGUGUCAAACGUGCUGCAAAAAAAACACUGAACAAAGAAGAACAGAAGAAUCAGCAUAGAGCCAAGAGUGGCAAAGGUUCUUGAUUAAAUCCCGAAGAAAUAUCUGUUUCAUGACAUUCUUUCAAGCUGGUGCCUAGUCAUGACAUGGACAUAACUGCGGCCAAUGGUGCUGUCUGGCAAGAUCUGAUUAUGCAACGUGAUUUCCUAUCAUUAGGGCUGCGUUAAUGGACUAGUAAUGAUCACUGCAGAGAGAACAAAACAUGGGAAAUUGACUAAUAAUGGACACUGUGGACUUGUAAAAUUAUUUCAAGAAAAUUAAAAUGCUUUAAUGUAUUCUCAUCAGCCCAGCGGCGUGCAACGUAAUAUAUGCUGUUAACAUAGAAACAUGACUGACUUUUGUGGUUGCCAGUUCUACGACACUCUUCCAGUUCUGUCGGUGCUUUUAGAUAACUCUUAUCUGCUGUCUUUAAGCCUGAUGUCUUCAUCCUGAUAUAAGGAGUAAUCUGGGACCUGGUUAUAAAGGCAUCCAUAAAGAAUCUAUGGUGGAGACCAUCCAUGGAGAAAUAACGUGCUAGUGUUACCAUAUUCCAACAGUAUUCAUUUAAUAAAAUAAAAAAAGGCAAUGGCAUUGCACUCUA